AUGUCUACAUUCGUUCCAUUCCAAUCGGCUCAAGUCUACGAAGAACGACUCAACGGCAGCUCGACCACCGAGGGACAAGGAUGGAUACGGAUGGACCACGAGGACAACUCGGAAGAAGAUAAAGCUCCAUUCGGGAGUCAGCCGAUAACUCUUUUGUGUUUAAUAAAUUAG